AUGCGCUUCACCCUCCUCACCCCCGUGGCCCUACUGGCCACCCUCGGCCUCAGCGCCCCCAUCACCGACGCAGCAAACGAGGCCGCCCCAGCCUGGAAGGUGACCGACUUCACAACGGGCUGCUCCCCGGGCGGCUGCACAUACUCGUUCCACAUCCACGCCGCCAAGUCCGCCAAUACCCCGGGCUUCAGCACCAGCUGCAACGGCACGGACGAGCAAGGUGGCCUGAAGCCGUGCAAGAACCCCAAUAUCCUGUCCAAUAUCAAGCCCGAGACGUAUCCCAAAUGGGAGAUCACCGUCCAGCACCAGUGGCACCCCCAGGAAGGCUCGACGCGCUAUGCUACCGGCUCGAGGAAUGUUUCUGUUCCCGACACGGAGCCGUCGGCCAGCUUUACGAUGAAGCCGACCGCGGAGGCGGGCGUGGAGUAA